AAAAUCAAAGUUGUUCUGCUCCCCUCAGGCCACCUCUCCUCUGCUUCAUCUUUACUCCAAGCUCCAUUGGAGUCAGGCUUCCUCAGAGAGACGAACGCUCCCGGAACCCCAGCCAGAGUUGGGGGACCGAGAGCGCCCGGCCCGCAGGUUUCGACCCUCUCCGACUCCAGGUCUCCGGGAAAACCCGGAGCGGAGCAUCCCCCGGGUCGGGAUACGCCCUCGCGCGCGCCCACUGGCGCGCAUGCUCAGUCGCGCGGUGGCCGCGAGUAGGAAGCUCCGCGCGGCAGUAGCGGCCGCGGCGGCGCGACUGGAAGGUGGGAGGGGACGCACCGGCUGGCGGGCGGGGGCGCUGGGACUCGGCUGGGGCUCCCGCCCGAGGUUCCUGGAAGCGUUUGGGACCGCGAACCCCGGCGCGAGGAGCAAGCGAGCACGGGAGCCAACGAGUGCGGACUGGGCAGCGGGCGGAGCGGAGCCGCCGGGCGGAGCGGGCUCAGAGCCCGGGUCUCCGCGGCUCGGGACCCGGCGGCGGGGGCGGCGAUGUUCCACUGCAUCCCCCUGUGGCGGUGCAACCGUCAUGUGGAGACGAUCGACAAGCGCCACUGCUCGCUGGUCUAUGUCCCCGAGGAGAUCUACCGCUACGCCCGCAGCCUGGAGGAACUGCUGCUGGACGCCAACCAGCUCCGCGAGCUGCCCGAGCAAUUUUUCCAGCUAGUCAAAUUACGAAAGCUUGGACUUAGUGAUAAUGAAAUUCAGCGGCUCCCUCCAGAAAUAGCAAACUUCAUGCAGCUGGUGGAACUUGAUGUGUCUCGGAAUGAUAUUCCUGAAAUUCCAGAAAGCAUCUCAUUCUGUAAAGCACUACAGAUAGCUGACUUCAGCGGAAAUCCACUGACGAGAUUGCCAGAAAGCUUUCCUGAAUUACAGAAUUUGACCUGUCUCUCUGUAAACGACAUCUCCCUGCAGUCCCUGCCUGAAAAUAUCGGCAAUCUUUAUAACCUGGCUUCCCUGGAACUGAGAGAGAAUCUUCUCACAUAUCUUCCUGACUCUCUUACCCAGCUGCGGAGACUAGAAGAACUUGAUUUAGGAAACAAUGAAAUAUAUAAUUUGCCAGAAUCAAUUGGAGCUCUCUUACAUCUAAAGGAUCUCUGGUUGGAUGGAAAUCAACUGUCAGAAUUACCUCAGGAAAUAGGAAAUCUGAAGAAUCUGCUGUGCUUAGAUGUCUCUGAAAACAGGUUGGAGAGACUUCCUGAAGAAAUCAGUGGCCUGACUUCGUUAACAGAUUUAGUCAUUUCCCAGAACUUACUAGAAAUGAUUCCGGAUGGCAUCGGAAAACUAAAGAAACUGUCUAUCUUGAAAGUGGAUCAGAACAGACUCACACAGUUGCCUGAAGCAGUUGGAGACUGUGAAAGCCUCACUGAAUUAGUUCUUACAGAAAACCGGCUCCUGACCUUACCUAAGAGCAUUGGAAAACUUAAGAAGUUGAGCAACUUGAAUGCAGACAGAAAUAAAUUAGUGUCUUUACCAAAAGAGAUUGGCGGGUGCUGCAGCCUCACCGUGUUCUGUGUGCGUGACAAUAGACUGACUCGGAUACCUGCAGAGGUGUCCCAGGCAACAGAGCUUCAUGUCCUAGAUGUGGCAGGGAACAGGCUAUUACAUCUGCCUUUAUCCCUGACCGCCUUGAAGCUGAAGGCUCUGUGGUUGUCGGACAACCAGUCCCAGCCUCUGCUCACGUUCCAGACGGACACAGAUCACGCCACAGGAGAGAAGAUUUUGACCUGUGUCUUGCUUCCUCAGCUGCCUUCUGAACCUACUUGCCAAGAGAACCUGCCUCGCUGUGGGGCUCUGGAAAGCUUGGUGAAUGAUGUCUCCGAUGAGGCCUGGAAUGAGCGUGCCGUGAACAGAGUCAGUGCAAUCCGAUUUUUGGAAGACGAGAAAGACGAAGAAGACAAUGAAACGAGAACACUUCUGAGGCGAGCCACUCCACACCCUGGGGAGCUAAAGAAUAUGAAAAAGACAGUGGAGAAUUUACGGAACGACCGGAAUGCUGCUAAAGGACUGGAUUCAAACAAGAACGAGGUCAAUCACACCAUUGACCGAGUGACCACUUCUGUAUAGAACUUCACCUGCAGGUUUUACCUCCCGUGUCUCCCCCUGCUGUUGAGAUGUUCCCGUGCCCUCCGGUGGAGCCUCACGCAGUCCUUUGUCUUCCCUGGAAGGCGGGGAGGCACGCGCCACCCCCAGGCCGCCUGCCGGGGUUGCUGCUCUGUCCACGGAUGUGCCUUACUGCGGUCCAGGCGCGCUUCCUUUCCUCCAGCUUCCAGUCGUUUGUCAUGAUAAGUAGAAUACACUACUGUAAACAUCUGACCUUUGGUGUUGUCUUAUGUUGGGGUCAGGGAGCACAGGAAGGGGAAUUGUUUUUGUCCUCCUCCCUCCUGUAAAGCGCCCGGGACAUUUUUCUCUUGGACCUACUGAUGAGAGAGAGUUUUAUGUACGGGGAAUAAUUGAUACUUUUUUAAAACCUUUUUUGGCAGCUCAGAUGGUGUAAAUUUUAAAAAAUUUUGUAUAGGUAUUUCAUAACAAAAAAAAAUGUGUAUUUCUUUUUCGUUAUUUUAUCAUGCAAACGGUACAUAUUUUAGUAUUUGUGCGGGAAGAAAAGCGCAAGAGUCCUAAAGUGUUUUCUCUUUUACCAUCCACUUGUGCCUUACUGUAUCCUGUGUCAUGUCAAACGAGUUGCACACAGCGACGUCCUCAAGCAGUCAGAUGAGACUAAGAAUGUGGUACUUUUAAAGCAGUGUUGGAUUUUAAUCAGUAAUCUACCUGGUGGAUUUGUUUUUAGCCAAAAAGAAGAGUUACCACCAAUUUGUAAAUUUUAUCAGUUGAAUUUUUUUUUUUUUAGAAAGAUGAACCAAAGGAUUAGACUGCUAAUAUUUCGUUUCUUAACACUUUUUAUGAAUGAGUCUCUUAGAAUGAGUACAGUGUCUGAUUGUACCUACUUGGAAGGUAUAUGCCAUUUGUAAAAUAAAAUCAGAAAAGCACAAAAGGAGAAAACUGGUUCAGGAAUCCAGUGAGUAAAUGAAUUAUGUACUGCAAAAGAAAGUAUGAUUUUUAUUGAAGAAAGCUUUAAAAGUUUUAUAUUGAGAUAUAAAACCACAAUAAAGCGAAAUAACCUACAACCAUAUUAGAAAUAUUGCUAUCUUUGUAAGUGCAAUUUAAUUUGUAAAUAGAGUUUGAGUCAAAAUAUAACAAAAUAUUGCUUCAAGUUUUAAUUUUAAGUCUGCUAAUUUAAGAGGUAUGGGGGUAUGUUUUGGUGCAUUUCUGUUGAUUUUUUUUUUUUUGUAUAAUGUGAUAAAAGAGAAAUGAAAAUGCCAGUUACUAUGAGGAAAAUCACGAUAUUGUUGGGUUUUUUUGUUUUCUCUCCAUGAAAUAAAAUCACCCUGGAAUUAACCAUACAACUCUUUAAACUUAUCACCUUGUAAUGUUCAGAUGAUGGCAAGUAGCUGCAUUCUUUGACAGUGUGUUCCCAUCCAUUAAAUAUCCAAACUACUGGUCA